UCCAUCCUCAUGGCUUGAUACGGUAUGAUUUUAGGAGAUAAAAACCACUUGUUCUGUUCCCUUUACAAUUAGAUUUAGUUGUAUAACGCAGCUGAAUAAUAUGGAAGAAGCCCCAUUCAAAAAAUGCCAAGAACUAUGCAAAGAACUGGAGAUAAUCGAGGGUGAGGCUGCUGAGAUUCGACUCAGGCCAUCUACCGGUCCACUAGACACGAUGAUAACGCAGAGAGAAACACUACCUGGAGAACCCCGAAUUGAACUCACAGACCCGGACAUGUGUGCAUAUCUCCAGAGAGAGCUAAUGACGGAGACUUUGAAUAAACUCGCGCGACAUUUUUGGCUAAUGACGACACAAAAAAGCGAAAAUAUUCUAUCUCUCACGGAACAAAUGGUCCAGGGUCGUGAGAUUACUAUCACAGAGAUGCCGGGUCUGCACCUGGUAUGGGUCAACGGUCGGAUAUGCAUCAAACCCCUACCGAAGUAUCUUCUCUCGCAUGACUUCUGGAAAUACUAUCUCCUCUCAGCCAGCUCGCCUAUACAACAAGGCCAGAGGGAGGAGCUUCUUCGGGCAGCACGAGGGUUUCUCCGCUCGUACUCGUACCUCAUCCAGCACGAAUCCGACUUCCGGUUGGCUACAGAACCGCCAAGAAUCCACCUUAUUCCGGAGGAUAUAUCAUAUACUGAAUUUGCAGCUUUCAUCGAGCGCUGCAAAUUUGGGGACGAACUUGUUUCGCCGCGCUAUCAAGUUGGCGAGUUGCGUCUCACGCGUCUUAAUUUCUGGAGCAAAAUCCUUCUCUCGAAAGCAACAUAUUACCAUGUAAAGCGGGAAUACGCGGCCUACUUUGAACAGUUUUACGCUCCUUUCCUUUUCGUCUUUGGGGUAUUCUCGGCCGUCAUAAGUGCUAUUCAGGUUGUUCUCAAUGUUCGAACUGUUCUUGAGCCUAGCGAUGUUUGGAUUUUAUUCGCUAGGGUGGCCCGGGGGUUUGCACUCUCCACUCUCUUCCUUGUCGCUUGUGUUAUUGCAUUUCUACUUCUCACUCUUGCGGUAUUAGUUUGGCGGGAGACAAUGUAUGCAUUCAAAGGCCUAUAUCGCGAACACAGGAGGACGAGGACGAAGAAGGAAAUGCCGCAGGAUCAAGAAAAGCAAAAAGAUUAG